UCACAUGACAGAUCCAAGAUGGCGUCGACCAGGCAGCCGGUGGCUUCGCUCCUGCUGCUGCUACUGGGCGGAUUUGGCUGGCUGAGUUCUGGAAGCUCCGCGGGGCCGGUGCCCCUCGUUAUCUGGCAUGGCAUGGGAGAUAGCUGCUGCAAUCCGGAGAGCAUGGGUUACAUUAAAAAAAUCGUGGAGCAAAAAGUCCCGGGAAUUUACGUUCAUUCUCUAAUGAUUGGAAGCAACAUACUUGAGGACAUGGAGAACAGCUUCUUCAUGAACGUGAACGGCCAAGUGAAGCUCGUGUGCGACAAGCUGGCUAAAGACCCCAAGCUACAAGGCGGCUACAACGCCAUGGGCUUCUCUCAGGGAGCGCAAUUCCUGAGAGCAGUGCUGCAGAGAUGUCCGUCUCCCACUAUGUUCAACCUGAUUUCCGUGGGCGGCCAGCACCAAGGCGUGUACGGAUUCCCACGCUGCCCUGGGGAGAGUUCUCGUAUCUGUGACUGGAUCCGAAAGAUGCUGGAUCUUGGGGCCUACGACAAGGUGGUCCAAGAGCGCCUGGUCCAAGCACAGUUCUGGCAUGACCCACUGAAUGAAGAUGAAUACCGGAAGAGCAGCCUCUUCUUGGCCGACAUCAAUCAGGAGCGAGGCGUCAACCAGUCUUACAAGAAAAACCUGAUGACUUUGAAGAAAUUCGUGAUGGUGAAGUUCCUCAAUGACACCAUGGUGGACCCUUCUGCCUCCGAGUGGUUUGGUUACUACCGGAGCGGGCAAGCCAAAGAGACCAUUCCCUUGAAAGAAACGUCAUUAUACACAGAGGAUCGUUUGGGACUGAAGGAAAUGGACCAAGCUGGGAAACUGGUGUUCUUGGGGACAGUUGGAGACCAUCUCCGCUUUUCCAAAGAGUGGUUCUACAAAAACAUCUUGCCGUUCCUGCAGUGACACCGACGCCGGGUUUUGUGCCUGCUUGCCUGGAGGAGGAAC